AUGCCACCACCACCGCCAUUAUGGGCAGUCGCGGUGCUGCCAUGCUGCGCGCACUGGGGGAAGCCCAGGGAAGAGGAGGUGGGUGGGUGUGGGCAUGAUCACACCCGUGAGAAUGGCAUCCGUGAGUGCUGCAUCAGCUGCCAGCAGCCGUGCUCGCCCCUCCUCCAUGCUCGCGCUCCUCCCAAUCAUGCUGCCUCUGCUUCCCGUGCUUCCCGUGCUGCCUAUGCUGCCUGUUCUUCGCGCAUGUCUGUAUUGAUCAAACUGCCGCUCAUGCUCCCUCCCGCCCCUUCUCCCCCACCUUCUCCCUCCCCUCUUCCCUCUCCCCCCCCUCUUCCCUCUCCCCUCCCUCCCAUUCUCCUGCCCAUGCUGCCCCCGAGUCGUCUCCCAGGGGCACCAGUAUCCGUGUCCCCUCUGCUGCUCUUGACUCCUCAUUCCUCCUCCCUUUCCUCGCCCGCUCCCUCUGCUGCCCCCUCCCAUGCUCGCUGCCUCUCACUCCUCCAUCUGCCUGCCCCCACUUCACCCUGCUGCUCCACUGCACCCGCCGCCAGUCUACCCGCGCUGCCCGCGGCGCUUGCGUCGCCCAGGCGCGGCCCCAAGAAGGAGUAG